AUGUUUCGCAGACUAUAUAGCAUGAAAGUGCUAUCGGACCAAUUCCGACAAUCAAUGUCGCGAGUCUCCCAACAAGCAAUGAUAUUGACAUCAGGUACUCCCCAUGCAACACCAAUAAACCAACUCCAUGGAAUGACUCUAGGUAGUGUCUGCUCGCUAUCGAUAUAUCCUAAACCAGUACUUCAGUUCAAUUUACAUUUACCAUCAUACACCUCGCGCGAGUUACAUUCAUGUCGAAUAUGUGCCAUUCACAUAUUGCCACCCAGUGCCGAGUCCGUACAUCUCUUGCGAAUAUUCGCCAAGGGUGUGAAGCAAGAUAACCAGAAAGAGUUAGUGUUAGGAACAAGCAAAGAGGAGAUCAGGGAUGGGAGAAUAUUCCAUGAAAUGACAAGGCCGUUUGAGAAGUUGGAACAGAACGAGUUUCGAUAUCACGAUGUGGACGACGUAAAGGUGCCCAUUUUGAACGAGGCGGAGAUUGUGUUUAUUUGUAAAGCAAGGGAGAAUUUCAAGGUUGACCUGCAUGAAAUUUGGGUGGUUGACGUGGUGGAUAUCUUACGUGGAGGAGAUGAAAAAAGUGGAGGAGGAGGAGGAGUGUUGUACUACAAUCGGGGGUUCCACAGUGUGGGGGAGUCAUUAAAGGAAAUUAGUUAA